CCCCUCUCUCUCGGUGUCAGCAGCAGCAUAGGCGGAGGCGUCAGAAUGUGGGCAGCCACAGUUUGCACCUCUACCGGUUCAUCCGCGGACACAAUCCGUUCUCACUCCCCAUAAGCUCCCUGCUCGUCAUAGAAGUGAGCUUUCGGGAAUCUGGUCUGUAAUUUUUGUAUCAUUUGAACUUUGAAUACGGUGUUCAAGUGAGAACAUUCUGUACGGAAUAAUGUGAGCAAGAGAAAAGCAAGACGUAGACGAACUGUUUUUUUUACGGGUGGGUGGAAAGACGGGCAUCCGGCCUCCGAGGAAGCGCCCAACGAGGUGUGGAAGUCAGGUAGAAACAACGUACAUCGUUUUUGCCCAGCCAACCCUGAGGAGUGUGUGAUGGAGAAGAUGAAGAGGUUUAAGCGGCGUCUGUCCCUGACGCUGCGCUCCAGCCACACCAUAGACGAGUCUCUGUCUGAACUGGCCGAGCAGAUGACCAUCGAGGACGGCGGCAACAAGGACAAUGAGCCAAUCGUGCGUAAUGGGCGACCACCCUCCUCCCACAGCAUGCACUCGUUCCUGCACCAGUACACCGGCUCCUUCAAGAAGCCCCCCCUCCGCAGGCCACACAGUGUCAUCGGAGGAAGCCUGGGUUCCUUCAUGACCUUCCCCAGCAACGGCAGCCGCCUUGACAUCGUCCAUGAGAACCUGAAGAUGGGCUCAGACGGGGAGAGUGACCAGGCAUCUGGGACGUCGUCGGACGAGGUGCAGUCGCCCACCGGGGUGUGUCUGAGGAACAGGGUGCAACGGCGCAUCUCCAUGGAGGACCUGAACAAGCGUCUGUCUCUGCCUGCUGACAUCCGUAUCCCUGACGGUUACCUGGAGAAGCUGCAGCUGAGCAGCCCUACCUUCGACCAGCCCCUCAGCCGACUCUCACGCAGGGCCUCCCUGUCGGAGAUUGGUUUUGGGAAGCUGGAGACCUACAUCAAACUGGACAAACUGGGAGAGGGGACCUAUGCUACAGUAUUUAAGGGGCGCAGUAAGCUGACUGACAACCUGGUGGCGCUAAAGGAGAUCAGGCUGGAGCACGAAGAGGGAGCACCCUGCACCGCCAUCAGAGAAGUGUCGUUACUAAAGGACCUGAAACAUGCCAACAUCGUGACCUUACAUGACAUCGUCCACACAGACAAGAGCCUGACGCUGGUCUUCGAGUACCUGGAUAAAGACUUGAAGCAGUACAUGGAUGACUGUGGGAACAUCAUGAGCAUGCACAACGUCAAGAUCUUCUUGUUCCAGAUUUUGCGGGGGUUGGCUUACUGCCACAAGCGGAAGGUUCUCCACAGAGACCUAAAACCCCAGAACCUGCUCAUCAACGAGAGAGGGGAACUCAAACUGGCUGACUUCGGUCUGGCGCGGGCUAAGUCUGUCCCCACUAAGACGUACUCCAACGAGGUGGUGACUCUGUGGUACCGGCCACCUGACGUGCUGCUAGGCUCCUCCGAGUACUCCACACAGAUUGACAUGUGGGGUGUGGGGUGUAUAUUUUAUGAGAUGGCUGCAGGUCGGCCCCUGUUUCCUGGCUCCACCGUAGAGGACGAGCUCCACCUCAUAUUCAGACUGCUGGGCACGCCAUCAGAGGACAGCUGGCCAGGGAUCUCUGGCGUCGACGAGUUCAAAUCCUACAACUUCCCCAAAUACAAACCUCAGCCCUUCAUCAACCACGCACCCAGGUUGGACACAGAAGGCAUUGAAUUGGUGUUAUCGUUUCUGAAAUACGAGUCCAAGAGGAGGAUCUCAGCAGAUGAAGCUAUGAAGCAGGCCUACUUCAAGAGCCUGGGGGCACGGGUCCACACACUGCAUGAGAGUGUAUCAAUAUUCACUCUGAAGGAUAUCCAACUGCAGAGAGACCCUGGCUAUCGGAACUCCUCAAACCUAGAGUCAGGCAACAGCAAGAACAGAAGACAGAGCAUGCUCUUCUAGACUUUCUGCACCUGGGUGGAGCUCUUUCCUGUUGCUAUAGUAACGGACUCUCGCUUGAGAUGAGACUGAAUGGAACAGAGCCCCCUCCUCCUUCUCGCAUGAGCCCCUCACCCCUGGACCCCCUUCCCCCCCAUAGAGCGAGUGAGUCUGGAGUUGAUUGGGGAGGGAGAGAUGAACUAUGUUUAUUUAUUUGAAGAUAUGGAAAGGGGGGUGGGGGGGUAUAUUUUGCUGCUAUACUACUACUGUCUGUAUUUAACACGCAGUUUGUGUAUAUGAUGAUGUGAACUCAGACACCAUGCACAACCGACCAGUCGCUAAGGUUACUAUUGUUAUUGCAAAUGAUGAAUUAUGGUUAUGAUUCCACUGAUGAUCUCGAUGUUGUUUAUCAUAGCUGUUACCUUUGCUGUUUUGCAUGUCGUUGUGUUCAGAGACUGAAUGCCUUUUUAGCAUUUUUUUCCUCAAGUACUUUCUCAAGCUUCCUCUGAUGGUGGUGUUUGACUGAAACGAGACCAGACUGGUCCAAACUGGGAGAGAGAGGGACUGGACUGGGAGUGUCUGGUCCUCAACUGGAAAUCUUUCCUCUGAACCGAAGCAAUUCCCAGCCUCCCUCAUUCUCCUUGACCUAGAACAUUCCAGAACAUUUCAGGGGCCAGACCGGGCUUUAGGAAGGGGUUGAGGUGGGGUCCAGUCAUUGGGAGAGCACAACGACCCUCAGAGCCUCUUAGCCAACGAAUGGGACCACAGCAGAAGGUAGAGUUUGACUCCCCAGGACAUUUCCGGUCUCCCUCUCCGGUUGUCAUGGCAACAGGGAAGCAAUGAUUUGGGAGGAGAGAAACACAGGAGCGCCGUGACCUCCCACAGGAACUCAUCAGUCCCCCCCCCUUCUCUAUUUCCCCUAGAUGGUCUUGACCCCCCAGGAUGGUCUUGACUUAAGUUCUUGUAUGCAAGAUCUUCAUUUUCUCUUGCCUUUUGAAGGUCUACAAUACUGGUUGUUUUUGUGCAUCAAUAACCUGUAAGCAGUUUCUAGUUUUUUUUUAAAUGGCUCUCUACUCUGUAGCUGGCCAUGGGAGUGGGGUUGUACCAUGAUGACUGGUGUUUAAAAUGGCUGACUUGAUUUGACAGUAUUAAGAGAUUUUUGUUUUCUGUGUUUGACCUCUCCUUGUGAAUACAGUGUCAGUGUGGCAUGUCAAGGGGCAGAAGCGUCGCCUCUGAAAGGAGAAAACAUUUAGUUUCACAGUCUACAUAGUCUGGACCUGGUUUCUUUUUUUUCAGCGUUUGUACACAUUUUAAAUAGACUUAACAAGCCGCGGUGUGUGUCUUCAGCUGACAGUGAUCUAUAUUAAUAUUGUAAUACUGUACUUUUUCAAGUUUAAAAAUGAUCUGAGCUUACCUGAGGGGGUGUGUGCCAGACAUAUGGAGCUCCUGCUGUGGUGUAAACUCAAUCUCUCUGGAACACUGACAGUUGUCCUGUAAUUAUUUAUUUCUCAUAACCAUCACAGUAAAAUUAGUCUGUUUGAUAAGUACA